AUGAUGUGCACGAGCGCACACGUGCGGAAUGGGUUGCACUGGAACCUGAAGAAAGAAAUAAAAGAAAUAACUCACCUGAGCGAUGAAGAGAUUGCAGUGAUCCACAAACGGUUCAGUUCGAUUAGCAACAAGGGUAGGUUGGACUACAAGAGUUUUGAAAAGAGCUUAGGUAUCCUGGGGACCAUAAAGAACGCUUAUCUGUAUAGUUCUAUUUUUAAGGCUUUCGAUACAAAUGACGAUGGAUAUUUGGACUUUUAUGAGUUCUGUGUUGCCAUUAAUACGAUGCUGAAGGGGAGUAAGCGGGAGAAGGUGAAGCUGUCCUACCGGAUCGUCCACGCGGGGGCAUCACAACGGGAUGACAAGCCGGCAAAUGGUCAGGCGGAUGGUCAGGCAGAUGAUCAGGCAGAUGAGCAGGAAACUGUUCGAUGUGCCACCCGAUCUGCUGACCCUGCAACCACCCCUGUAAUCAGGGACUACUCAGACUACAUCUCGUACGAGCAAUUCAAGGAAAUCGUCCUGAGCAUAAACGAUAUAAAGAAGCAGCUUCUGGGGACGGAGGAGAAAAUUCUAAUCAGUCAAAUAAGUUACACGUUCAAGUCACUCAGUAUGUUGUGUGACGAUGGUAAGUACCGGAUGAACCUAAAGUGUUACCGGAAGGCAGUUAAAUGCAACGAAUUUUUGAAGCUCCUUGGAAUCCACAAUAAAGUGGCAGAUGCGUUUAUAAGCUGCGAAAUGGAGAAAAAGAAAAAGAGCAGACCUGGAAAAAGUCGACUGGACAACAGUGCACCUGGUGGGGAUGUCACUAGGCGAAUGGGUUCCAAUCAUCGGGUGAAAUCUUUCUCCGUGUCGACCAACACGCGUCUUUCCGUGGGGAAGGGAUCCACCGCGUCGCUCUUCACCCGAGGGAAGAAGAAGAAAAGCAGCGUCGAGGGGGAGAUCAAUGGUAAUGGUAACCGGAAGGACGAUCAGCAUGUGCACCACACGGACCAGGUCAAGAGGAGCUGGCUGGGGCGGAGUCGGAUCGGGCCCGGACUCAGCGACAAGAAAAAAAAUUGCCAUCCCAUGGAGAGCAUCGUCAUUCAGUCAAACAUUGCAUCGGAGGGGGAAGUCGUGGCCGAUUGGACCGUCCCCAAGUCGGGAAAGGAGUUAAGUGGAAAAAAAAAUUAUUUGAAUGUGCCCCGUAGUGGUGAUGGGUCUAGAAGGAGUCGGUCCUGUGUCACCGCUGCGAUGGAUGCAACAGGAGGGGCGGAACAAUUAGACGAAGGGGAAUAUCCAAAAAAAGGGAGCAGGAAUAACCACAAUAGGGGGGAAAAUAAAAAUAGGUUAACCAGAGGGGAUGUGCAGAGGGGGAGUGUUUCAAAUGACUCCCCCGUGAUGAUGACAGAGGGAAGUGACACGGCAAAACGUGGUAUCGAAGAUUCAUCCAGAAAAGCCAGCCGCAAUGAGCGAAACAACUCAUACCAACAGUCAUGUCCGUCUUCCAGUUUUUACAACAGUGUGAUCCCGGCAAAUUAUGACCCAUCGGAAAGUAGUUCCCACAUUUGGAAUGACCACUCAGAUGGGGAGGUGGAGGAACCGAACUGCCUUGUUGGACCUUGCAGGGGGGGGGAUGUCCAGCGGAACGAGUUCGCCCUCCAGUUGGGUGGCAGGCAGUGCCACGAUCCGGGGUCUGGUUGGCAGGUCCCCCCUGGUAACAACACCCCCUACAAGUGCACAGUGACACGGAAGCGGGACAGCAUCGGAGGUAACCAUGGCAACCAUGGCAACGAAACGGAUGGACGGAAGAACGAUCCGCAAGAGCCAGUUAAGAAUGGUACGAAGAAACACGAGUGUGAAAUUUUGAAGGCCAUCUUAAGGUUUGAAAAAAAGAAGGAAAACAAAACGUAUGUAGAGGAGUACAACGAGUAUGUUAAGGGGUAUGGGAAGUUUGCGGAGGAGCAGGAGGAAGGAUACCUACUCGAAUUGGACACUUACUCGGAUGGGAAGGAAGAACUGGAGAAGGAGGUGGAAGGGGGGGGCAAGAAUUCGCAAUGUAACGACGGGGGGGGAAGCAGUGCGGGAAGUGCAGAAAGUGCAGGCAAUGCAGGCAGUGCGUAUGAGGAUAUGGAAGGGGAGGACAGUGCAGAUAGCGCAAAGGGAAACCACGCAAACGCAAACCACGCAAAUGGUCAGAUAAGCUUAGAGAAUAGAUGUUCAGUUAAGGGGGGUGACAAACAAAAUUAUAAGGGCAGCAGGGAUAAGAACCACCUGCAGGAGGAUGCAGAGGCAGCAAUCGCCGCAGCAGAAAUGGCAGCAGGAGAUAUGGUCACACGAGUGGAUAACGCAAAGUACCUCUGUAGGAAGUACUUUGAGUAUAAGGAAUUUUUAGAACAUUCUAGGUGUCCCAUUUCUCACAGCCACAAUGGGCUGAUGAUGAGCAGCAAUGACGCUUGUGUGGUGAAGUCUGUCUGUUGUGAUGAUCCCAUUUAUGGGAACCGGGUUAAGGGAGGAAAGUGCACUACAAAGGAUGGGAAUAACCCCAGCGUAUUGCUCGAAUUCAGCAGUGAUGUGAUUAGGAAGAAGUUUUAUAUCCCCACGAGCAAGUGUCACUACGUCAUGGUAAAUGAAAAUUUAACAAAGGAGCAGGUGCUGUAUCAUUUGGGGAACAUCGUGGUGGCCACGGAGGAUUAUCUGAGCAAGGAGCGUGAUGGGGGUGGGGACUACAACCGCAUCUUCUUCUUCUUCUUCCACGUGUUUAAGUACCACUUGGGGGAUACCACGCAGGAGGGGUGCACUGUGCAGAACGGUCUGACAUAUCAAUAUGGUAACCGUGCCAACGAAGGUGUGGUAGCCUCCCCCCCGCAUAGAGACGAACCGAGCAACGAAUCCCAAAUGAGCACAAAGAACCUGAGGGCCAACAUCUACUACAACCUCUUACUGAUGACGCAGAUUGUAAAGUACUUCCUACACACAAUAACGAUUUCGCAGAAGUGUUCUUCGUCAUACGAUUCGAUAGAGGAGAGUAGCCGUGUAGGCAGCCUGAAUGAGGUAAGUGUUCUGCUAAGUCACGCAACCCACAUCCUGGCAACCUACUCCAAAGGACCAAACAGAAGUAGGAAGAUCUACAUUAACAAGUCGAAUUACUACCAUAAGCUAACCAGGAGAGGAAAACUAUCUGUUUCUUUACGACAGAAGAAGAAAAAAAGGAAUCUGCAGAAAAUCUUGGCAGUUUACUUUGGCCACGAGAGAUGGGAUCUAGUCAUGAAUAUGAUGAUUGGGAUUCGCUUGUCAGCCAUUAAAGUUUACAACACGAAGGAUAUUGUAGACCUGUUUAAACACAGGGACCUUCUUGAGUUGCCUACAUCUAAUGCACAGCAUAGAGUGGUAUUCAUAAACUACGCCCCGGUGAUCUUUAAGCAGAUAAGAAACCUUUAUGGGAUCAGGUCCAAGGAAUACAUUUCCUCUGUUGGACCAGAACAAGUGAUAAGUAAUAUGGUCCUGGGAAAUCUCUCUACGUUGAGUGAGCUACUCUCCGAGGGGAAGAGCGGUUCCCUCUUCUACUUCACCAGCAAUGGCAAGUAUAUCAUCAAGACGGUCUGCAAGAACAUUCACAAACUUUCCAGGGCCCUGCUGCCAAAGUAUUACGAGCACAUCAGGAGCAACCCGGACUCCCUGCUGACGCGCCUCUACGGAAUCCACUGCAUAAAAUAUAAAAGCGGAUCGGCAAGAAGCUUGAAGAAGAUCUACUUCAUCGUGAUGAACAACUUUUUCUCGUCCGCCGUGGAAAUUCACAGGCGGUAUGACAUAAAGGGGAGUCUGGUGGGGAGAACAGUCCCCCCUGCGAAGAGGGAAGACCACACCAUCGCCCUGAAAGACGUAGAUAUUGACGAACUGGGCGACCGAAUCAACGUCGGAGAGAAGAACAAACAGAAGCUGCUUAACGUUAUUAAGGCAGAUGCAGAUUUUUUAAAAGAGAAUUACCUCCUGGAUUAUUCCCUUCUUUUUGGGAUCCAUUACAAAGACUUGUCUCGAGAUCUGGUUAGCUGGAAUGCCAGUCGGACAAAUGAGGUUCGCCAUGUGUUCGAUAAGGAGGGAAAAUGUAUUGCGGCUCGGCCCUUCCAUCAGUGCGACCACGGAGGCAUGAUCAGCGUCGACAGGAACAAAAUAUUCUUCUUUGGGAUCAUCGACAUUUUUACCAAGUGGACGCUGAAGAAAAAAUUCGAGCACACCCUGCGAACAAUACAAAAAUUUGACCGCCAGAACAUUUCCUGUAUCCACCCCAACGCCUAUGCAGAACGAUUCGCCUCCUUUAUAGAGAAGCACAUGGAGUAG